AUGCUUACCGGAAUCUAUGACUACAUCUUCGGAUCUGAAGACUCAAACGAUGCCACUGUAGCUAAAGAAAAUAUGAUUCCAUCUUCAUGCAAGGAUGAUGCUUUUACCGCUGAUGACUGGUACCUAGUGGACGAUCUAGCUUCUGGUCGUAGUUCACCUGUGUUAAUUCCCAAUCCCGAUAUUAGGGAUAUCGAUAGUUUAUCUUUCUCCUCACGAAAACAGUCGCCUCCACCAACUGCUGAUCAGAUUAAGAGAGCUGAAGCGCUUAAGCAAGCAAGGGCCUUAGCUGCGCAAAGGUUGCAGUUAGAACGAAUGUUGUUUGCUGAUGUGGAGUCACCACUUACUUUACAAGCGCCAACAAAGAAGAGCUCCGGCACUACGGAGCUCUUGUCCGCCGGAAAAAUGAAGAGAGCUGUUGCAGCAUCUCAUGUAAAUUCUGAUACUAAGACUAAAAGUCGAUCAAAGAAAGCUGGAAAGAUGAGCUCUGGACGUAACAACGAUAGAAAGUGCAACAACCUUGCCUAA